GUGAGGAAGACUGCAGUGUUCUGAGGUCUCCAAAUAAAUGCGCAGCAGAUUUCAUUAAAGAGAACACUGACUUGGAUUAUGUAGUACCUCACUGACAACACUUCUUACCAACUUUAACGGACUAAACAGGCAGAAAACUGCGCAGAUCAAACCCUGGGGAUAUCGGAGCAGAUUUAGUUGUUUUAGUUGUGAUGUGACCGCAGGCUGCGCCAAAGUGGUGCUUUUACGCACGAUGGAGGGCCUUUUACGCGAGCUGGACAUUUGGGCGCAGAAUAUUUCAUGGGGUAAUUCAAGCUCCCAGAAUGACACUAACUCGGGGAACACCACUGUGAAUCCUUUGAAACGAAAUGAAGAAGUGGCUAAAGUGGAAGUUGCUGUCUUGGUGUUGGUGUUGCUGCUCGCGCUCACAGGCAACCUUUGCGUCCUGUGGGCAAUCCGCACCUCCAAGCACAGCCAGUCUCGGAUGUAUUACUUCAUAAAACACCUGAGUAUUGCAGAUCUGGUUGUUGCAAUAUUCCAGGUGCUACCGCAGCUUAUCUGGGACAUCACAUUUCGCUUUUAUGGGCCGGAUUUGCUGUGCCGGUUGGUUAAGUAUCUCCAGGUCGUCGGUAUGUUUGCGUCUACAUACAUGCUGGUCCUCAUGUCCAUAGACAGGUGUUUAGCAAUCUGCCAACCACUUCGCUCCGUGCACAAGAGAAAGGACCGCUGGUGUGUAGUCGCCUCUUGGAUGCUCAGUCUAAUCUUCAGUACUCCCCAGGUCUACAUAUUUUCCCUGAGAGAGGUGGGGAACGGUGUGUAUGACUGCUGGGGGGACUUUGUACAGCCAUGGGGUGCCAAAGCAUACAUCACAUGGAUGAGUUUUAGCAUUUACAUUUUCCCUGUGACUAUUUUGAGCAUCUGUUAUGGCUUGAUAUGUUUUAAAAUAUGGCAGAAUUUCAAUUUAAAAACCAGAAGGGAACACUUCUUGGCUCUCACUCCAAGGGCCUCCAAAGCUGCUCAACACCUCACCCGUGUGAGCAGUGUGAGGCUCAUUUCCAAGGCGAAGAUCCGCACAGUCAAAAUGACUUUUGUUGUGGUCGUUGCAUACAUUGUAUGCUGGACUCCCUUCUUCUUUGUCCAGAUGUGGUCAGCAUGGGAUCCUGCAGCACCAAGAGAGGUGUCCUCUCGGUCUUUCUUCGUAGACAUGGCCUUCAUCAUUGCCAUGUUGUUGGCUAGUCUCAACAGCUGCUGUAACCCCUGGAUCUACAUGUUCUUCGCCGGUCACCUGUUCCAUGACCUGACGCGGUGCUUCUUCUGCUGCUGUAGACAAUACCUGAAAGCGUCCUCUUGCAGCUGUGAUCGACAGUGCAGGCACAAAUGCAGCUCAUCCACUUACGUCAUCAAGAACAACGGCAGCCAGAGGAGCCUGACACACACAUCCAGCACUGGGGGACCCACACAAUGAAAGACAGCUGAAAACCAUCCAAGCUUCCUGUUGCAGAGUAAUCCAGCAGUCAUGCAAGGCCCCUCUCAGGCAUUUAAUUACCAUUACCAUUACUGUGGUGGACACUACAACAUGUGUGUUUCUAAGUGUUUUAAAUUUAGCUAAAGAGGCUGUGGGAACCCCCCUGUCCAGACAAUUCCAUGCAGCCUGAGGUAACAGGCAACACAGCAAAAUGUCACUGUUUCCAAGGCAAACAAUAUGGAGUAAAAACUGACAAGUCUGCAUCUGUAACAUCAGCUGGAUCAGUGUGUGUGAACAGACACUUUCUCUCUAUGUGAACCAGUGCUGCACAAUAUCUAUGUAUUAAAGUGACUUGAUGUUUAUUCUGUUUAAAGAGGCAUGAGCUUUUCUAAGUUCCUUGUACAUGAACAUCACAGUCUUGAAACAUAUGUUCUUAAGCCUGAAGUAACAGUCAGA